AUGGGCUCAUCACACCCCACUAACAGCAGGAGUCCUUUCUCCGCUGACAUUUUGGUGGAUACUCUGCCAAGGAGCUAUAAGCCCAUUUCGCUGGACUAUGAUGGUACCACUGACCCGGAAGUACACCUCAACCGGUUUGAGGGGCUGGUCACACUUCAUAUGUACACUGAGGGCAUCAAGUGCUGCAUAUUCUCCACCACUUUAACUGGACCUGCCCAGUUGUGGUUCGGGACGUUCGUCCCAAAUUCUAUUCACUCUUUCGAAGGUUUACAAGCACGUUUUCUGAGACAGUUCGCGAGUUCGCGAAGGGUUGGGAAGUCAGCUCUUUCUCUGAUGGAUAUCAAGCAAGAUCAAAAUGAAACACUACGGGAGUACAUUGCCCGGUUCAACCUCGCUGCUCUGGAGGUGCCAGAGGUGGAGUCACAGAUAAAGAAUUGUGCCUAUGUUAGAGGGUUAAAGCCGGGACUCUUCUUCGAUGAGCUACAAAUCAGACCGGCCAGGGAUUUCGAUGAUAUCAUGUCCAGAUUGCCAGGGUAUUUGCAAUUGGAGGAUGCCAGGAUGGCACAAAAGGCUGAAAUUGACAAGCAGAAGGCUAAGAGGGCCGAAGAAGCACCAGAGCGGAACAACAGACACCAAGACCGGGCUCCCUUCAGAGGAUUGCCCCCGAGGGUACCCCCUUCCCAGGUAGAGGUGCCACCUCGCCAGCAGCGCACUGUAAACGAAGUAAAUCGUUUUGAUGAAUACACCCCACAGAAGAAACCUCAGGAGAAAAUCUUUCACUUGAUCAAAAAUCAGCCGUUCUUCAGGGCGCCCGGGACUUACAAGGAUGGGCAGCCGCAACAGGGGCCGAACAACAAAUUGUGUGAGUAUUACAAUUCGUAUGGACACUACACCAAGCAUUGUGGGCAUCUUAAGCAUCAGCUGGAGUUUUUGGUGCGUCAGGGUAAUCUGGAUCGGUUUAUUGCCAGAGGGAAUGAAGGCCAAGAUCAGAGGCCAGAACAGAGAAAUGACCAGAGGCAAGAUCAGGGGCACAAUAGGGAACGCAGGCUGGAGGAUAAUCGGGAUAACCGCAGAGAAGCGGCAGAGAGACAAGCACCUCCUCCCCCGUACAGAAGGGAAGUACAUAUGAUUUUUGGGGAGAAUGGGACACCAACGUCUAAUAGAGCCAAGAAACAAGUUGUGCGGGCAGUGAAAUCGGGAUAUUACCCCAUACAGGUAAUGGGGAUUACAGACACGGCAGAGGAGCCGGCCAUCACUUUCGGAUCAGAGGAUCUGAGAACGCUCAUGUACUUACACGAUGAUGCGUUAGUAAUCACAACUGACAUAGCCAGUUGCGUAGUACAUCGCGUGUUUGUGGAUUCGGGUAGCGCGAUGAACAUUUUAUAUCUGGAAUGUCUCCAGAACAUGGGGAUCGGGGCCAACAUUGAACCCACGAAUGCUCAUUUAUUUGGGUUUGGGGGAGAAAUGGUUAUGCCAGUAGGGUUUGUGGAGCUGCCAAUAACUUUGGGCAGGUCGGAUGCAUGCAAAACCAGGGUGAUCCGAUUCUUAGUGGUGGAUAUGCCAAAGCCAUCCUAUAAUAUGAUAUUGGGACGCCCAGCUCUGACCACAUUCAGAGCAGUCAUUUCAAUGUUCCACCUCAAGAUGAAAUUCCCCAUCGGAGGAGAGAGAGUGGGAGAAGAAUGGGGUGACCAGACAAUGUCUAAAGAAUGUCACGUGCGAAUGCUCACGCAUUCAUCAGGGCAGAAGAGAGAAAGAUCAGCGGAGGGAUCAGACACUCGCAAGAAAGGAAAGGUGGGCGAUGUCGCUGCUCCGGCAGAGGAACGGCGAGAAGUGACAGAGUUACUGAAUGACCGGGACAGUACGGAGAAAUCUGCCUUAAUAUCCACCAAUGAUGUGUGCCACAUGAUUGAGUUAUUUCCUGGGCGAGAGGGUUUCCAGACCAAAAUUGGGUCUUCCAUGAAUGACCAAACCAAAGAGGAGCUAAUCAGCUGCCUUCGAAAAAAUGCGGAUGUAUUUGCCUUCAGCACGACCGAUCUAAAAGGAAUAGACAGAAGGUUGGUAGAGCACUCCUCAAUGUGA